UCAAAAAUCAUUCACAAUAAUCUUUUUUUCUUUCAUUCUGUUUGUUUGUUGGUAAUCACAAUAAUAUUCUUUAUUAUUGUCUGUAUUUUCUUUUCUUUUUCAUUAUGGAUGCAAUUAAAAAAUUCUUUUUCGGUUCAUCGUCGUCAUCAUCGUCAUCAUCACCAUCGUCAUCAUCAUCGUCAUCAUCACCAUCAUCAUCAUCAUCAUCACCAUCAUCAUCAUUGUCUGAUUCUUUUCGAGAGCAUGCUUUGGCAAGGAUAGGUAUCAUUUCCGAGGAUUGUGGUAGUCCGGUUGGAACUCUUGUCUGUGUGCUGGUUGGUUUGAUGGGUAGGAUUCCCAUUCCUAAGAAGAGUAGUCAAAGGGCUGUUGAUCAAGGGAUAGUAACUCUUUUAUCGCCUUUCCCUGAUAAAAAGGCUGUGGGUACUCAUAGAUGGUUUCCGUGUAUUGCCCCAGCUCGAGGCGAUGCAAUUGUUGUUCAAUCGGGGUGUGUCUGGCCUGCUCUUAUUCAGGAUGGAAAGUUGACUGGGUGUGUGAAUCGGCAGGGAAAAGAUAAGCAAUUAACUUUUGUCAUGGAGACUAACGAGAAAUCACAAAAAGUUGACUUCACUAGGAAACACUACAUAAAUGUUGUGAACAUUCAUAAGAUGAUUCCACAUGCUCUCUCAGAUUAUCUUUCAGAGUUUGUCCUGUCAACUUUCAUCUCAAAGGGUGGCAAGCCAAUUGAGUCUCAGAAACACAAGGGACAUAAAACGAUUAAGCUCUCUUGUGCUCGAGGACAUAUAUCAGCUGUUCGAUCAGGGUUUGAACGAUCUACUCUCAUUCAGAAGCAUAGCAAGUCGGUUGGGUUUAAGAAACCUCAGGCGCUGAGCAUGAAACCAAUUCGAAAUGAAGAUACCGACAAGAUUGAAGAAACGACCAAAACAGCAGCCGGUUGUCAUGGAGUUGCUAACAAUUUUGAGAGUACAGAUGUUGUCGAGAAAGGAAGUCAAGUUUCAUUUUUGAGCAAGGGGUAUGUAUAUCAGAUGAUUACUCUAUUUGAGAGUAAACGAUCAAAUAUCGUUUUUGAGAAAGAAAGUCAAAAGUCGUUUUUCAGCAAGGGGAAGAAUUAUUUGAUACGUACGAACCAUCUAUUUGAGAGUGAACAACCUAAUCUCGUUUUUGAGAGCAACAGUAAGCCCGGGCCUAUUGGUGAGAGUAAAAAUUCAACAAAUAUUCACUUGAGGUGUAAACAAGAUAGAAAGGUUGAUGUUCAAGGUGAUGCAUCAGUUAUUGUUCGAUCAGGGUUUCUCCAGCCUACCCUUAUUCAUGAUGACAAGUUGAUUGGUUGUGAGAAUCAGCAGGUCAGUUAG